GGGAACCAAACCAAACUGACAGGAGCGAAACUCUGAUCUGCAGUCCUCACUUUCACCUCGGAGGGAACUGGUGUUGGGAAAUUAAUGGCUGAUAAAUCCCAGACAUUACGAGCUGGGUUUCUGGAUGUAAAUCAGACUGGAACACCAGGACGGUCGUGUUGAUGUAAGUUGUUAGUUCCUGUUGAUUGACACAGGAGUCCAUUGUGGGAGACGUGCACUACUGGUGCCACAAUGCUGUUCUCACUGCGGGAGCUGGUGCAGUGGCUGGGAUUUGCCACAUUUGAAAUGCUGCUGCACCUAGUUGCCUUCCUGGUAUUCUCCGUGCUGCUUGCUGUGAAGGUGGACAAUUUUGCGAAGUUGGACUGGUGGUAUGUUUUCAUCCCACUCUUCACUGCUGAUGGGCUCAGCACCUACUUUACCGUGAUUGUUUCCAUUCGCCUGUUCCAGGACGGGGAGAAGCGUUUGGCUGUCAUGCGUCUUUUCUGGAUUCUGACUGUCCUCAGCCUGAAGUUUGUCUUUGAGAUGCUGUUGUGCCAGAAACUGGAGGGACAGAGCUCCCAGCUGUGGUAUGGCCUCAUCAUGUCGCCCAUCUUCAUUCUACUCCAGCUGUUGAUGAUUCGAGCUUGUCGAGUCAACUGAGCCCUGAAACCUUUCACCCCAGGCUUCCUGUUCAAGUUGUUGGAUUGCCAGACACACAUUCCCAUGAAUGUUGAUGUUUGGAAGGGGGAAGGAGCAUUACGUUCAGUUUAAUAGAGCACUCUUGUCUUGCUGCUGUCCUGGCGUUGCUGAGUUUUAAUGAAGCAAAGCGAACUGCAACAUGGCCAACCUCGGAACUCCAUGGCUGGCUUCAGGGGUGGAAACGUCAGCAAAAAAAUGAAAGUAGAGACAAGAGGUUCUGUGUUUUACUGGUAACAUGCAGCUUGGGCCGAGGCUGUAGCAGUAUCCUCUCCUGCCAUUCUGAAAUCAAGGCCUUUAGAGAAGGGAGGAUGCCAUUGCCUGCAAAGCCAAUGACUGAUGUCCCACUUUGACAUUUUAACGUACCAGCCAUUCACCCAGGUGACUCUUGCUGCUCGAGAAGUUGUGUUUGGGCAGUACUUAUUUAAACCGCUCCAAGUGUGGUGAUGUUGUGGAGUUUUGAGCCCUGCAGUUUUCAGGGGAAAAAUUGUUCCGAUGAUUUUUGAGAUAAGCGAAGACAACCUUUCAUUGUUAGUAAUAUUCUUCUUGGACCACAUGCAGUGCAAGGAUGCAGUAAUUAAGAUCAUCAUUGCAAUUAAUUAUAAAAAAACAUUUACUUCCCUAUUCCUCUGUUUCUGCUUUUCAGAGUUAAUUGCUCAGCACCAUACUCCUUCACUGUAAAAACAGGUAACCUGACUGAAUUUAAAUGUGUCUAAUGAAGCAUUUUACAAAAUGGACAAAUCUUAAACAAUAACCCAGUUUCAAACCUGGUGUUUGAACUUUUUCAAAUGAUUAAUGUUAACUGAAUUAUUAUGAAUUUAAGAGGGACACUUGAUGUUCUUGUGUGAGGUUCCAGUGGUACCAUGAAUUCUGUGUUCUACAUUGUGUAAUUACAAAAGGUCUGUGAAAGAAUAUAAAAUUCCAUUUAUGCAGAUCUUCAU